CGCAGCUCUGACCGCCGCCGCGGGAGCAGCCGCAGGUCCCGGUCCCGGGAGAAGCGGCGACGGCGGCGGCGCUCAGCCUCUCCACCCCCGGCCACCUCAUCGUCCUCGUCCUCCAGGCGCGAGCGGCACCGCGGCAAACACCGGGAUGGCGGCAGCAGCAAGAAGAAGAAGAAGCGGUCGCGGUCUCGGGGCGAGAAGCGAUCGGGGGACGCGGGUGACAAGGCCCCGGUGCCCGUGCAGCAGCCCUCGGGUUCCUCUGCCGGCGGGGAGCGGGAUAGCCGCCGCCGGGGCGCCGUGCCACCCUCCAUACAGGACCUCACGGACCACGAUCUCUUCGCCAUCAAGCGAACCAUCACGGUGGGCCGGCUUGACAAGUCGGACCCCCGAGGACCCUCCCCGGCGCCCGCCGCCUCACCCAAGCGUGAGGUCCUGUACGACUCGGAGGGACUGAGUGGGGACGAGCGCGGGGGCAAGAGCAGCGAGAAGGACCGCAGGCGCUCAGGGGCUGCCUCGUCCUCUUCCUCCUCUCGGGAGAAGGGCUCUCGGAGGAAGGCCCUGGAUGGGGGGGACCGGGAUCGGGACAGGGACAGGGACAGGUCGUCCAAGAAGGCCCGGCCUCCCAAGGAGUCAGCACCUUCCUCAGGGCCUCCGCCAAAGCCCCCGGUCAGCAGUGGCUCAGGCUCCUCGUCCUCCUCGUCCUCCUGUUCCUCUCGGAAGGUGAAGCUCCAGUCCAAGGUGGCCGUGCUCAUCCGAGAGGGCGUCAGCAGCACCACCCCAGCCAAGGAUUCUGCCUCUGCUGGUCUGGGCUCCAUUGGGGUCAAAUUCAGCCGCGACCGAGAGAGCCGCUCCCCCUUCCUCAAGCCCGAUGAACGGGCUCCUGCCGAGGUGGCCAAGGCUGCACCGGGCAGCACCAAGCUCAAAAAGACCAAGGUCAAGGCCAAGGCCGGGGCCAAGAAAGCCAAGGGGACCAAGGGAAAGACCAAGCCAUCUAAGACCAGGAAAAAGAUCCGCAGCGGGGGCAGCAGCGGGGGCAGCGGCGGCCCCGUGCUGCUGAAGAAGUCCAAGGCGGAUAGCUGCAGCCAGGCAGCAGGAGCCAAGGGGGCCGAGGAGACUUCCUGGUCCGGGGAGGAACGGGCGGCCAAGGCCCCCAGUACCCCGCCCCCCAAGGCAGCCCCUCCGCCCCCUGCGCUCACCCCAGACUCACAGACCGUGGACAGUAGCUGCAAGACCCCUGAGGUCUCCUUCUUGCCCGAGGAGGCCGCUGAGGAAGCCGGGGUCCGAGGUGGGGCUGAGGAGGAGGAAGAGGAGGAGGAGGAGGAGGAGGAAGAGGAGGAGCAGCAGCAACCUGCCACCACCACGGCUACCAGCACAGCUCCAGCCGCGCCCAGUGCUGCCCCCAGUGCGGGGUCCACAGCCGGAGACUCGGGGGCAGAGGAUGGGCCGGCGACCCGAGUCUCCCAGCUGCCCACCCUGCCCCCGCCCAUGCCCUGGAACCUGCCAGCUGGUGUGGACUGUACCACCAGCGGUGUCCUGGCCUUGACUGCACUUCUCUUCAAGAUGGAAGAGGCCAAUUUGGCCAGCCGAGCAAAGGCCCAGGAGCUGAUCCAGGCCACCAACCAGAUCCUCAGCCACCGGAAGCCACCCUCAAGUCUGGGGGUGACCGCAGCUCCUGUGCCACCCUCUCUGGGUUUACCCCCUGGCCCUUCCAGCUACCUGCUUCCUGGCAGCCUCCCUCUGGGGGGCUGUGGCUCUACCCCGCCCACCCCCACUGGGCUGGCUGCUCCGUCUGACAAGAGAGAGGGCAGCAGUAGCUCCGAGGGACGUGGGGACACGGACAAGUAUCUGAAGAAGCUGCACACGCAGGAGCGGGCGGUGGAGGAGGUGAAGCUGGCCAUCAAGCCGUACUAUCAGAAAAAGGACAUCACCAAGGAGGAGUACAAGGACAUCCUGAGGAAGGCCGUCCACAAGAUAUGCCACAGCAAAAGUGGGGAGAUCAACCCAGUGAAGGUGAGCAACCUGGUGCGGGCCUACGUCCAGCGUUACCGCUACUUCCGCAAGCAUGGCCGCAAGCCGGGGGACCCCCCAGGACCACCCCGGCCACCCAAGGAGCCGGGGCCCCCAGACAAGGGUGGCCCAGGCCUGCCCCUGCCCCCUCUCUGAGCCCCUGGCUGCUCCUCCCUCCCCUCUGAGAUUCUGGACGGACGUAUUUAUGGCUCCCCCUCCCCACGGCCCCCUCAUCAGUGGAAUGACUGGGGAAGGGCCGCUGCGGGGAAGGGGGGGCCCUGCCCAGCCCCUGCCUGUCUCCAUCGCUCCUCUCCUCUGUUCGUGUCCUCCCUCCAGUUUCAUUAAAGUCUUCAUUAAAUGUCACCCCA